AUGAUCUUCGUGAUUCUCAUUCUGCUGCCCUUGACGUGGCUAUGUUGGAACAUUUUAUUCCCAUUGAUCCGGAUUGUGGUGAACUACACGUACGGUGUGAAACACUGGUCAGCCCGUAACUGCAUUCGAGUGUCCGGUGAUUGGGCCGUUGUGACUGGAGCAUGUGGGCCAUUGGGUCGAGCUUAUGUAUGCGAACUGGCAGGAGAGAAACUGCAUGUUCUAUUGCUGGACAAGGAUAAAAAUGCAUUGGAAGAGUUGGCCACACAUAUCGGUCAGACGUACGGAGUUCUUACGCAAUUGGUGGCAGCGGAUUUGACAACGUCAAAGGAUUAUGAGGAAAUCAACAGAAGAAUCAGUAGCCUGCCGUCCAUCGGUUGUUUGGUUAAUGCAGCCGAGUUCCGUUGUGACCCGACUGAACAGCCAAUGAUGUCAAAAGGCUCAAUGGAGAGUCUCGAUUUUGUGGAACGAAUGAUUCUUUGCAAUGUUCAGUCUAUGGCUGCAAUCACACGAAUUUGUCUGCCGAAAAUGAUCCACCAAGUACCUUUUAAGGCUUCUAUAAUCAACGUUAGCUCUGCCUUGGCCACAAUUUCUUGCCCGAAAUAUUCGUUGUAUGCAGCCUCCAAGUGCUUUGCCCCUGCUUUCUCUAGAAGUUUGCGCAACGAGUUACGUCUACCAUCCAUCACUAUUCAAGCGGUCUGCCCCGGUCCGUUGACUCUAAGUCGACGGUCUACGUUCACAAGCAAAGCAGGCACCAUUUGGGCACCAUCUCCCGACAAAUUUGUGCACAGUUCACUCACCAUGCUUGGCAUAGAGGACGAAACCUGCGGCUAUUUGCCACAUGCCAUUUUGGCUUUGUUCAUGCAGUACAUUCCACAUUCCUUCAUUUCCAAAGCGUGGCCCAAGUUUAGUAAAUCUCUUGCCUGUGAACCUACAGCAGUCUGA